AUGAGGAGUCUCGACGUCACUAAAACCCCCUGCUGGGUUUUACGCUUGAAGCGGAGAGUGUGAGUGGAGGAAGAAGGGCAGCCUGGGGGCAACUUUUCGAGUGGAGCAUCAUAAAAAUAGGUUUUCGUGUCGUUCAAAAAUGGCUCAGAUAACAAGCGAAGGGGCCGAACAAGAUUCUCAGCCGUCGUCGGAUCAAAACGUCACCGGUGAAACAGCAGAAACCGGCAAGGAGGGACAGGCCGUGCCGGACCCCAAACAGGAACCGGGCGACAACAACGAGAACAGAGCAAGAAUGGACGUGAACAGUGGUCGUGGUGUGGUGGGGGAGCACGGGGACAGUCCGUCUCCUGUCCCCGACUCCGGCAUAGAAACAGCAUUACCGACCGAAAAAAGGGACAACGGUGAAGGGGAAACCGGUGGUAAACUCUCUGAACCGGGGAAAAGUCCCGUACAGGGGAGUUUGGCGAGUAGCACUGAUUCCGCACAAGAGGGCUCCCGGGUGCUGAAACAAGAACAAAGAGAGGGAGAGAACGUGUCCUCUUCACCGCCUCCCGACCGCACAAAGACCGCGGAGAAAGCCGAGCACGGUACCAAAAGACGGGCCAGCGUAGAACUGACCUCGUCGGAUGGAGAGCCGCUCAGUCGGAUGGAUUCAGAAGACAGUAUCAGCAGCACCCUGAUGGACAUGGAGAGCACGGCGUCCAGUGGUCGCUCCACGCCGGCGAUGCUCAACGGUCACAGCGGGGGCGCGACGGCCGGGGGCGGUCCGGCACCUGCUGGGGCCAAGUCUCUGAGCUACACGUGCUGUUGGGAUCACUGCCAGCUUCUGUUUCCCAGCAGCCCCGACCUGGCAGAACACAUCAGGGCCACGCAUGUGGACGGACAGAGAGGAGGGGUGUUUGUGUGUCUGUGGAAGGGUUGUAAGGUGUACAACACACCGUCCACCAGUCAGAGCUGGCUCCAGAGACACAUGCUGACUCACAGCGGGGACAAGCCAUUCAAGUGUGUGGUGGGAGGCUGCAACGCCACUUUCGCCUCUCAGGGGGGGCUCGCCCGUCAUGUCCCCACUCACUUCAGCUCACAGAGUUCAUCCAAAGUGUCCAGUCAGGGAAAAGUGAAGGAGGAGUCUCCAUCCAAGGCCGGCCUCAACAAGAGGAGGAAGCUCAAGAACAAACACAGACGCUCCCUCCCCCGACCUCAUGAUUUCUUUGACGCUCAGACCAUGGACGCUAUCCGCCAUCGAGCCAUCUGCCUCAACCUGGCAACACACAUCGAGAGCCUGGGCAACGGACACAGUGUGGUCUUCCACAGCACGGUAAUAGCCAGGAGGAAAGAGGACUCUGGGAAAGUGAAGGUCUUGUUGCACUGGACACCUGAAGACAUAUUGCCAGAUGUGUGGGUGAAUGAGAGUGACAGACUGCAGCAGAAGACCAAGGUGGUUCAUCUGUCCAAGCUACCCACAGACACAGCUGUACUCCUGGAUCCCAACAUCUACAGGAUGUUCUUCUAACCACCUCAAGAGGAACUCCAUUGUCAAUUCCUGCUAAUCCAACCUCGAGGAGAUGGAACCCCCCCCCCCCCCCCCCUUUAACCUGCAUCUUCAAGUUCCUCUUCUUCUCUCCUCCCUCUGCCAGAGGAUUCUGGGAGUUGAGUGACUUAGUUGUCAUGGCUGUUUGAGGUCUCCAGUGUUUUCUCCAUUAGGUGCUGAGUUUACUGAGGAGAUGUUGCUUGUUUUAGGUAACACAACUAGACUGAAAACUAACUAACAGGAGUAUAACUGUAGACAGUUAGACAUAUGUAGAGAGAAGAUGUCUUUGUAAAUACUUGAGAUUUGUAAUAUAUUUUUAUACCUUGAAUUUUUUUACUGUACUGUAGAUAGGUGUCUUUUUCUGCCAGACAUUUUUAAAUAGAUGAUUUAAAAACUGAUAAUAUCUGUAAUGUGCAUAUAGCCGGCAUUGCUCUGGUUUAAUUUCAUUAAACUUUUCCAACCUCCA